UGGGAAGUAACCUUAAGCCCUGUCCAAACGAGAAAUGUUUGGCGACCAAACAGGAUCAAAUAUUGUUUGGUGACCACACAUGUUGAUGUUGUACAGAGUGGCCAAGUAGUAACAAACAUGUUUCAUCACCGUCCAAACGAACAAAAUGUUUUACAAUGUUUGAUCAACUGUUUGACGUCGUUCAAAUUUUACUGAUCAAACACGAUUCAACACGAUCAAACAAGGUGUCCAAACGGGAAAAUGUUUGGUCACCAAACAAUAUUUAAUCGUGUUUGAUGCCAAAUAUUUCCCGUUUGGAAAGGAUUUCAGUGUAUAUGGUACUGUAGUAUUCUUUCGCGGCAGUAAGAUUAAUCAGCUUGUCGAUUAUUGCGCAAUUUUGUAGUAAACUUUUCUUGGCACCGCGAAAUUAAUUUCUUUGGAGACUAAAUUAAAUUAACAGUCAUUAUAUGUGUAAUCUUUUCCGACCUUUGCAGGGUUUAAUCUUGCUGCACAGCUUCACUGGAUCUCUGAAGGUAGGUUUGUCUAGGCGCUGACGUAUGGAAAAAAGAUUCGGGCCUCUGUGCACUUGCUUGAUUGGACAACAAGCCUGGAUGGGGUUGCUGAAAUCUCAAUCAUUAUCAGUUGAAUUUUUCGGCGAUUAUUCUCAGCUAUAAAUUAAAAUUUCAUCCCAUUUCUCGGCUAUCAGUAAAUUUUGCAGAUCUCAGAACCUAGAUAUAAGCAAAGACACGCGUUACUUCUCAACUGACAGUUAAAAUUUUGAUGCGGCAAUUAAUUCUAGCACGUUCUCUUGAUCCCUUGAAAUUUCUCUUUUUUCUCCCUUGUUCCCUUUCACCAAAUUCUGUUGUUCCCUAAAAUUUCUUUGUCAAGGUUCCCUUUAUUAGUAGAGACAUCCCUUGUUCCCUCAAAUUAAUCUAAAAAUAUCCCUUGUUCCCUUGAAAUAGAUGAUCAUUUUCCCUUGUCACCCCAAACCCCUGGGCGGCUCCCAUAAGUUAAAACAUCCAGACCUCUUAAAACGGUGCCCUGGGAGCCUUUAAGGUUGUAUCGCGCUCCUUCCUUGUCCCGGGGCCCGGGUGGGGUACUCACAGAAAAACUGAAUGGAGGUGUGCGUUGAGCUUCUUGAAACAAUUACCCUAUCUCACACCGAUCAACAUUUUGAUGCCCUAUUGCAGACUUGACACUUCUAAAAACACUCAUACUAAACAUACCUAAUUCAAGGCCAGAGUGCACAAACUAUACCCUAUUUCAGAAGACAAUGGCUGAACUUCAUGCGCUAAAUCCUACUAAAACGGCUAAAAAACCAUACCCUUUGGCUAUACCAUACCUAUAUAGCUCAUUUAAGGGGGCACUCCCCGGAUACUUGAAUGUCUUGUUUCAUUAUGUAUUUUCUAUCUAUUUUUUUUUUACCAUGUUUAUGCGCUAAGAAACGGCUGUUGCAAAUAUUUCCUUUCUUUUCAGUUUGGAAAAGGAACGCGCCCUACGAAAUUGGUUAUCCGUUAUUGUACAGCACUCUAAUCGUUCUACCUGUGAUCCCGCUCCUGUGUUUUCUGAUACCAUCCAAAGAAUCUCUUUUACAGCAGUACGAAAAUGACCAAAUGGAAAGACAAAAGGAAACUGAAUCGGAAAAUGAUGAAGACGAGGAAGAGUGUUAUGUCCCUGCAGAAGAGCCCUGCCCUAUCACUCCCUGCAAAUCUCUUGUACUCUCCGACAGCGAUAGUUCUAUUGGAGAGAUACUGGUCACGGCAGUUGAACAAACCAAACCCGAGUUGUGUGCACCACGUGUUGCCAUAAAGACACCUUUGACAGACGAGAGGGAAGAAGGCGAAGUUACAGUGGCUGAGCAGUUCCCGGAUUUGACAACUGUUGAUACCGCUGACAGCUUCAUUCACAUCAAAGAACUAGCAGAGAGGAUUUUUCCCGAGGACACCUUGGGGUGAGUUUUCAUGAAGAAAGUCUUAUGAUAGCCUUUUUCAUACUUGAACCAACCAUCGCUUGUCUUGCACGGUAAGUGUGU